CAAAAAACACCAUAUCCCACAAUCCAAAGCUUUAUGUUGACGUGAAACAAUGGCGGCUUCCACAGUCAAUGUGGAAGGUAUAACAGGACUGCUAGAGGAUUGUUUAUCUAAACUUGGAUUUGAAGUCUACCCUCUAAAGGUUGGUUGGUAUAACUCUGUGCUGCUUCCCUCCCUGCGCCUGGCUUACCCAGAUGACAGCCUGGCCGUGGUGGUGCUCAGCACUCCUGCCAUGUUUGAACAAGCCUUCCUGCCCUUCAUGGAGGAGAGGGGCUGCCAGGGGCUGUCUGACCCCAUAGACCAGUGUGUCAAACACUGUGUCUCCUCUGCUGUCUCCCAGUGUUUCCCAGGACAGAAGGUGGAUGUGAGAUAUGACUACGAGCUGCUGCCCAGCAGGAAGCCAAAGUUCUUGGCGCAGACUGCGGCUCACGUGUCUGGAGCAGCUUUCUACUACCAACAGUCUGAUGUCAGAGACCAACCCUGGGCUGAGAAGAAGAUGUUCGGAGUGUGUGUGCAUCCAAAGUUUGGGGGCUGGUUUGCCAUCCGAGCCCUGCUGGUGUUUGGAGGUGUGACGGUGGGCUCUGAGAUGGUGCAGCCUGUUCCUCCUGAUUCUGUGCCUUCCAGAGAGGGCAGGAUACAGCUGCUGGAGGCUUUCAACUUUCACUGGCAGAACUGGACCUACAGAGACAUCGUUCGUCCAGUCCAGACCUACUCUCAGAAACAGAAGGAUUACUUUUCCACUCCUCCUGCUCAGCGGUUUGCGCUGCUUAAGACUUGGGGCCUGCUGCCGAGGGAAAAUGACCAACCUGAUCCGACCUCAGACACACAGAGCCAGGUGCACGGACAUGGCUGAAAGAGCAGUUGAAGUGUGGAAGUGUUGCCCAUCCUCUCUGAGCACCAACCUCCACUGCUGGACAGACUUUUUUAAAUAAAAUUUCGAUUCUGUCUUGAUCAGCUAGCUGUAUAUUGAGACCCAAGAUGGGAUGUUGAACUAAGCUUGGUGUGCGUGUGGUUUUGAUGAAAGUUAAAUGUUCACACUACUAAGUACAGGCAGCUCCUCUCAUGGUGUCAUUUCAUGGACACCUGAACAUACUCAAAUGUAUGUAUGCUUUAAACAUUGGUGCUUCUGUUGCAAGUCCAAUGUGUUUAAACCAAAUUAUUUUGAAGGAUGCACUUUAUGUCCUUGCUGCUUGUAUCAUACUGUAACACACAAAUUAUAGCCAUUGAAGUAGCAACAGUGACUUUCACUUCGCACAUUGUAUCAUUUGACUCACUCAAUAUCAACACAAGAAGCCCAAUUUGUCAUCUGUAUCUUUACGUGCUGGUCCUUGAUCACAAGGAGAACAAACAUUCACUUUUUAUUCAUUUCUAGAAUAUUUCUAUUUGUUUUAAUAGUGAUUUCAUGGAAAUAAACAAUAAAUAAAAAUAAUAAAGAAA